AAAAAAGUUGUUCCUCUGUGUGGUGGUCACGUCGCUUGUUUGGUUUGUCAUGGUUUCCAUUUACAUGUAUCACGCUAACAGAAACGACAGUCACGAAUAUUUAGGCAGGAGGAACUUUGGUAAAUAUCGAGACUUGGCCGGAGUUUUAGAUGAUGGUGAGGGAGUUUCGGCCUGGACAGAUCGACAUCGCUUCGCCUUUGGGCCAGGUGAAAAUGGGCAACCCGUUCUGCUGUACGGAGAACAGAAGAAAGAAGCCGACGAAACUUUUGAUGUGCAUGGUUUUAAUGUUGUUGUCAGUGAUAUGAUAUCACUUGAGAGGAGUAUUACCGACGUGAAACACUCACUGUGUGACACUGUUCGGUACAAUAAAGAUUUACCCACUGCAAGUGUAAUUAUAUCAUUCCACAAUGAAGCCUGGUCCACUCUUUUGAGAACUAUAUAUAGUGUUAUCAAUAGAUCCAAAAUUAAACUUUUACAAGAAAUUAUUUUAGUUGAUGAUUAUAGUGAUAGAGAUGAGUUGAAAGUCGCGCUGGAUGAAUAUAUACAGUCCAAUUUCAACAAUAAAGUUAAAAUACUUCAUACCACGGAAAGAGAAGGAUUAAUCCGAGCUCGUUUGAUUGGUGCCUCGAAAGCUACAGGGAAAAUUUUGGUAUUUUUAGAUUCCCACUGCGAGGUGAAUUAUAACUGGUUGGAACCACUGAUUGAAAGAAUUUAUAGAGAUAGCAGCACAAUAGCGUGUCCUGUCAUAGAUAUUAUAGAUCCUGAUUCAUUUGCAUACAGUGCCUCCCCAUUAGUCAGAGGAGGGGUGAAUUGGGGGUUACAGUUUAAAUGGAAAAAUGUACCACCAGUAGAGCUGUUACGUAGAAAUAGUGAAAUUGAACCAAUAAAAUCUCCGAUAAUGGCUGGUGGCUUAUUUGCAGUUGAUAGGAAUUAUUUUGAGCAUAUUGGGAGCUAUGACAAAGACAUGCAGAUAUGGGGAGGUGAACAUCUUGAGUUAUCAUUUAGGAUAUGGCAGUGUGGAGGAACUUUAGAGAUUGUACCUUGUUCCAGAGUUGGUCAUAUUUUUAGAAAAUCCCACCCUUACACUAUACCUGGUGGCAUGGAAAAUGUUUUUACCCAUAAUUCCAUAAGAGUAGCCGAGGUAUGGAUGGAUGACUACAAAAGAUUUUUUUAUGCAACAAGACCAGAUGCUCAGGGUAAAACUUACGGUGAUCUAUCAGAGAGACUGAAACUAAAAAGUCGACUCAAGUGUAAGGAUUUUAAAUGGUAUCUAGAUAAUGUGUAUCCAGAGUUGAGUGUACCUAAUGAAAACGCCUAUGCAUGGGGAGAGUGCCAAAAUGCUGCCAGUAAUGUAUGUCUGGACACUUUAAUGAGAGAAGCUGGACAACCUGUUGGUUUAUAUAUAUGCCAUGGUGGCGGUGGCAAUCAGGUAUUUUCUUAUACUAAACUUGGUGAAGUUAGACAUGAGGAGUUAUGUUUAGACGUAUCAACCAAAAAAGUUGGAGAGACACCAGUGUUUGAACAAUGUCAUGCUCUAGGAGGCAAUCAGAUGUGGGAACAUAGAAAGCAUGGUUUUAUACGUCACAAAUCCAGUGGGCUGUGUCUGGAUAGAUCUGGUGAUAACGAUGGCCUAAAAAUGAUGAGCUGUAAUAGUAAAAAAACAACGCAAAUCUGGGAAUUUUCACAGUAUUUCUCAAGUUGA